CUUUACUAAUAUCACAGGACUAUGUUUUACUAGAGUCAAGCCUGGUGUCAUAUUAUAUAAGACCAUGCCGAGAGGAGUCGAAUUUAAUAUAGAGAAUCCUCUUUGUCCUUUAAUAAUUUUUAUCUUCAGUUCUCAGUGACGUUCUGAAGCAAAAACAGCUAUAAAUUUCACUGAAGUGCUUGAAACCUACCAUUCAGGCUUCCAAUAAUAGAGUGAGAAGAUGAAGAUAUUGAAGUUCAGGCUUCUACAAAUAAUUCUAGUUCUGAUUUCCUGCUACUGGUAUGUGGUAGCAGAAGCAGAAGAGAAGAACCAGAAACUCAGAAAGACUUAUGUAAUUCAUGUGGACAAGUCUAACAUGCCAGCAAGUUUCGAUGAUCAUUUUCAAUGGUACUCUUCAUCUUUACAAUCAGUAUCAGAUUCUGCAGCCAUGCUCUACACCUACGACAAUGUAAUUCAUGGCUUCUCCACAAGGCUAACUGCCGAAGAAGCUGAGUCGCUUGAAAACCAACCUGGAAUCAUCGCAGUCCUGCCUGAAGUCAGAUAUGAACUACACACAACUCGAACACCAGAAUUCCUUGGAUUGGGAAAGAGUGAAGCUCUCUUUCCUGCAUCUGAAGCCCAGAGUGAGGUCAUUAUUGGAAUCUUAGACACUGGAGUAUGGCCAGAGCUGAAAAGCUUCGACGACACAGGGCUUGGAACAGUCCCAAGUGGCUGGAAAGGAGAGUGCGAGGUGGGCAAGAAUUUUAACUCAUCAAGCUGUAAUCGGAAACUAAUUGGUGCAAGGUAUUUCUCAAAAGGGUAUGAAGCAACAUUCGGGCCCAUUGAUGAAACCGUGGAAUCAAAAUCACCCAGAGAUGACGAUGGUCAUGGAACUCACACAUCAACUACAGCUGCUGGCUCAGCAGUCUCCGGAGCCAGUCUACUCAGUUUUGCUCCUGGUACAGCACGUGGUAUGGCUACAAAAGCGCGGGUUGCUAUAUACAAGGUAUGUUGGCUUGGUGGGUGUUUUAGUACCGAUAUCAUAGCAGGCAUGGAUAAAGCUGUGGCAGACGGAGUAAAUGUUUUAUCCAUGUCUAUUGGGGGAGGAGUGUCAGAGUACUAUAGAGAUACUGUUGCAGUGGGAGCUUUCACCGCUAUGGCACAGGGAAUUGUUGUAUCUUGUUCAGCCGGAAAUAGUGGACCAUAUGCGGGCGGCUUGUCCAACGUUGCACCUUGGAUAACCACUGUAGGCGCUGGAACUUUGGACCGUGAUUUUCCGGCCUAUGUUACCCUUGGAAGUGGAAAGAAUUUCUCUGGUGUAUCUCUGUAUAGUGGAAAACCACUCCCCAGUUCCUUGGUGCCACUAAUUUCCGCUGCCAAUGCAAGUAAUUCAUCAAGCGGCAAUCUUUGCUUGGCUGGAAGUUUGAUUCCUGCAAAAGUCGCGGGGAAAAUUGUGAUAUGCGAUCGUGGGGGCAAUGCUAGGGUGCAAAAGGGUGUGGUGGUGAAAGAUGCAGGUGCUGUUGGGAUGAUUUUAACAAACACUGAAUUUUAUGGGGAAGAGCUAGUAGCGGACGCACAGCUUUUGCCUUCAGCAACGGUAGGCCAAAAUGCUGGUGAUGUAAUUAAGAAAUAUGUCGCUUCAGAUCCCAAGGCAAUGGCCACGAUCACUUCUGGAGGCACAAAGUUGGGUGUCAAACCAUCACCAGUUGUGGCAGCGUUCAGCUCCAGAGGUCCAAAUCCAGUCACUCCAGAAUUACUCAAACCAGACUUUAUAGCACCGGGAGUCAAUAUCCUGGCUGGUUGGACUGGUGCCGUUGGUCCAACUGGGCUACAAAAUGACAAAAGGCGUGUGAGCUUCAACAUCGUUUCAGGCACAUCGAUGUCAUGUCCCCAUGUAAGUGGGUUAGCCGCACUCCUUAAGGCUGCCCACCCAGAAUGGAGUCCUGCAGCCAUUAAGUCUGCCCUCAUGACCACAGCCUACUCAACAUACGGAAAUGGAGGAAACAUUUUAGAUAUUGCCACUGGACAACCCUCGACACCAUUUGAUUACGGUGCUGGACACGUGGAUCCUGUGGCAGCUCUCGAUCCUGGCCUUGUCUAUGAUGCCAACGUUGAGGACUACCUAGGCUUCCUCUGUGCCUUAAACUAUAGCAGAGCUCAGAUUAAGCAAGCUACAAACAAAGACUUCACUUGCGUUUCCAGCAAAAUUUACAGCCUGAGGGACUUUAACUACCCAUCUUUCUCUGUUCCUUUGCAAACUGCAUCAGGGAAAGGAGGUGGCGCUGGCGCAACCAGCACUCUGAAAUACUCUAGGACUCUAACAAAUGUGGGCACUCCUGCAACGUACAAGGUAUCAGUAUCUCCACAGAUUCCAUCAGUGAAGAUUUUGGUUGAGCCAGAAUCACUUAAUUUCAGCCAACAAAACGAGAAAAAGAGCUACACAGUGACAAUUACUGCGAAUUCUAUGCCAUCUGGUACAAACAGCUUUGCUAGUCUCCGGUGGUCGGAUGGGAAACAUGUUGUUAGUAGUCCAAUAGCAAUCAGCUGGACAUAGUCAACCGCUUUGAGAAACUGGCCAAUAACUAAAUCAUGCGCUAAGAAGUCCCUCCAAGCACAACGAAGCCUCACUCUUAUGUAUUAACAGUAUAUGAGCAUUAGCCUCGCACCAUCUAUUAUGUUUCAGCAACUAAGCAGGCAGUUGAGUUUGUAAUUGCUCUCCACAGAGGUCAGGGGAUUAAGAUAAGGAGGAAGGCAAUUGUACAUAAAAACCAUGUAAACGACUGUUGUUGAACUCCAAUGUAUUUCAAUUAUAUAUCAUCUUUC